AUGAAAGAACGACGGGUAGUUACUUCCUUUUUAACUUAUACCGAAGGAAGUGAGACUUUUAGUCAAGGAAAUAAAUUGUUGUUGUUAAAGCGUAGUGAUAAAGUCAGGACUUAUCAAAAUCAUUGGGCAGGUGUGAGUGGAGGGAUUGAGACCAAUGAUUCAUCACCCUUAGAGAGAGCAUUAAAAGAAAUUCGAGAAGAAACUUCACUUUCCUCUAAUGACAUCACACUCAUUCGCAGUGGUAAACCAUUAAAGAUCACGACAGAAAUCACAUGGAAAGUUUACCCAUUUUUAUUUCACAUAAAUUCCCCAACAUUAAUAAAUCAAAUUCGAAUUGAUUGGGAACAUCAAACAUUUAAGUGGAUUAAUCCAUCUGAAAUAAUCAAUUAUGAAUGCGUGCCAAGUUUACUGGAAACAUUACAUAGAGUAUAUUUACCCUUAUGCGUUCACGAAGGUUUAAAUGAUUUAUUUAAGAAUAGAUCUUCUGGGGCUCAAGAAUUAUCAAUGAAAGCUCUUGAUAUACUGAAAGAGGCGGUAAAAAGUAAGGAGUGUAGAACAAUUUCUAAAGAUACAUUGGAGUUGUGGAGAAAUUUGUUAAAUAUAGGUUGGCAUUUAACUCAAAUUAGACCAAAUAUGAAAGCUUCAAUUUCUUAUGGUAUCAUUAAUGUUUUGAAGAGAUCAAAGCAAUUUCUUCAGGAAGGAAAGAAAUUGUCACUUGAGGAAUUCGAAACUUUUGUAAUAGAUUUAAUUGAUCAAACAAAAUCAACCUUUCAAGAAAAUGAAAAAAAAAUUAAUGAAAAUUUCUUGAAUGUGUUAUUUCCCUCCCUUGGAGUCAAGAAAUUACAAGGAGGGCAAGAAACGAAUCCUCCGUUAAAAAUUCAUAUCAUUACAUUGAGUUAUUCUUCUACAAUUUGUUCCGCACUUUCCUCACUUAUUCAAAAUUUUAUUAAUUAUUCUUCUUCUCAGUUGAGAGAAGAUUACGAUUCCUCAUCUCUUACCAUAACGAUCAUGGAAUCACGUCCGUUAAAUGAAGGUGCGACUCUUGCAAAAAAGUUAUCAUCUUUUCUACCAUCAUCAACAAACACUCCCUCCCAUUCAAUUUGCAUACAAGUUAUAACGGAUGUGUCAUGUAAUUAUUUCAUGUCAUCCGUUACUCACGUUUUACUUGGUGCUGAUCGAAUCUUGGGUAAUAAUGGUAAUAUAAUAAAUAAGAUUGGUUCAAUGUCUCUAGCUUUAUCAGCAAAUUAUUUCAAUAAACCUGUUUAUAUUUUAUCGAAAUCUGAUAAAAUUGCUUCAUUUUCCUCUUCGGGAGAUGAGCCUUCAGGAGAAAUGGAACAAGAAAGCAAAAAAGAGGAAGGAGAAGAGAUGGAAGAAAAUGAUUCAACUGAAUUAACAAAUUCUUAUGGCCAAGAUUGGAUUGAUAAUAUCAGAGAAAAAAAUGUUUUGAUUAGAAAUAUUUAUUUUGAAAUGGUAGAAUCAAAAUUUAUUAAUGGUUAUCUUAUGGAAAUUGAUGAUGAUGUUAUCAACGUUAAUAUGAUAAAAGAAUUAUGGAAUCUGAGAAAAGAUUCCGAGAAAAUUUUUGAUGAGAUUUAUAGAGGGUAUAGAGAGUUAUUAGGUGAAAAGGGGCAACCUCAAUCGGCUGAAGAUACCGUCAUAAAGUUAGUUGAUCGUGCUAGCAAUUCUACUUUAUUGGAAGAUAGGCGUGCUGCUAUUUUAGGAUUAAAAGGUCUCUCGAGAGAAUAUCGCCAGGAAGUUGGAGAGAAAAGUCUUGGAUCUCUUUUACAUAUUUUAAACGAAGAUAAAGCAGAUAUUGACACAGCAAAGGCUAUUUUAGAAAUAUUAAACAUUCUAUGUACACCCGACAUACACGAGAUACACGAGGAUUCUUCAAAUAUACAUUUAUUCUUGGAUAUUUUACAAGAGUAUGAUUUUUAUGUUCGUUUUCAUGAUAUACAAUUGUUGCGUGCAUUGCUUAUUGUAAGACCAGAUCAUGUACAGGACUGUAUUUUGACUGCUCCUAUGGGAAUUUCACAGGGAUUAUUAUUGCUCAUAUCACUCACGGAAAACAAUGCUGAUAUUCAAAAGAUUGUCGCAUUUGAGAAUGCCUUUGAAAGGCUUUUGGAAAUAAUUGCAGAAGAGGACGGAUUGAAUGGCGGAAUUAUUGUUCAGGAUUGUUUGCAAUUGAUACAUAAUUUAUUACGAUAUAAUGUUUCAAAUCAGAAUUUUUUCCGAGAGACAAGUUGUAUACAGAGAAUUCCGGCAUUAUUAAGUUAUUCAGCAGAGUUCCAACAUCAGGGAUUUGAACUUGAAUUUUUAGUUCAAGAUUGGCAUGAUCAAAAAAUUGUUAAUACCAUUGUAUUAUUAGAAUUAAUUAAGAUUUUAGUUGUUCCAAAUAAUAUGAAUACAGUAACUAAUCAGAAUGUGAUGGUUCAAUGUGGAGUUUUAAAACCGAUUAUUGAAUUGGCUUUGUCUUCAAACGCCCCAUCACCAGUAAAGUCAAAUUCACUUUAUGCUUUGGCAGAUCUAAUAAGGGGAAAUCAAAACAGUCAAGAAUUUUUGUCAAGAAUAGUUGUAACAGUUCCUCAUCCAUCUUAUCGUAUUUCAGAUUCACUUGAUCCAUCUCAGGCGAACAGAAAUAGUGCCCAAUCAUCACAGGAUCAAAUUCCUACAUUACCUCCACGUCCUGCUGUAAUGGCACUUAUUGCUGUUGCGGUUGGAGCGGAACAUCUAGAAAGUUAUUCGACUCGUGCAGCUGCUACUUAUGCAUUCGAGUCUUAUACAUUUAAUAAUAUUAACGCACAACUUGUAUUAGCAUCGACACUGACACCACCACCUGAUGAUAAUCCCAAUUCAGAAAUAUUUGCAGCAAAACCUCAAUCAGCUGGUUCCCUAUUGCUUUCGGCAUUAUUAGAAUGGGAAGAUUCCGAAGCAGAUCCAUAUGUUGUAUGGUUUGCCUCAGUAAUAUUCUCACAUAUUCUCAUGAACAAUGAAAAGUCAAAAGAAAUAGCUCGAGCGAUAUUUAUUGGAGACGGUAAUGAAAAUGCGGAGGAAAAUGUUUCUUUAUUGCAUUCAAUUGCUGGAAAUUUGAUGAUGGCGACAAGACAAAACGCGGAUGUUAGAGUACUGAUAGGAUACCUAAGUGUUCUCUGCGUUUGGUUAUGGGAUAGUCCAAUAAGUAUCAGAGAAUUCUUAUCAGAGGGUGCCCAUUUACAAAUGCUAAUUACACCAAUAACUCAAUCUUCUGGAAUAGAUACAAUAGUUCAAGGAUUGUGUGCAUUUUUAUUAGGAAUAUGUUAUGAAUUUAAUCAUAAUUUAGAUCCACAAAUCACAAGGUCAACGCUUCAACCAAUUUUACUUAAUCGAAUUGGGUUUGACCAAUUUGUCAAUCGAAUUACAAGAUUAAGAGAAUCUACUCAUUUUAAACACGCUACACAGUAUUUACAGAUUUUGCCGGAAGCGGCGGCUAAAGGCUUACCAGACUUAUAUUUUGAUUAUGCCUUUGUAGAAUUUUUUAAAAAUAAUUAUGAAAUCAUUCAAAGGUCUAUUAGAGCGGAUCCGAAUGCAAAAUCAUCAUUAGGAUAUAAAGGUUCAGAUUAUCAAGGUGAAAAUGAUUCAACUUCAAUGAUAAUAUCAUAUAAAGAUGUUAUUCAAACUCAAGAAAAGGAAAUAAAUCAAUUAAAAGAAUCAAUCAAACAAAUUGAAAAUCAAUUGGAAUCACAGUGA